AUGCCACCCUUUACCGUUCCCGAGGUCGUGCUUUCUGGCUUAAAGGAGAAGUUUGACUCUAUCGCUGUGCAAGCGGAUCGGAUAUACCUUGGUAGCUCUACAGGAAAUCUCCAUGUAUUUGGCCUUAACGAAGCAACCAAUGCGAUCGAGCCGGUGGAGGUGAAGAAAGGAUUGGUGAGGAGGUCGAUUGAACAGCUGGGAUUCCUCAAAGAUGUCAACUCUCUGAUAGUCCUAUCUGAAAUGACCGUCACUUUGUUCCCAUUACCUACAUUUUCGCCACCGACACCUCUUGCGAAGGCAAAAGCUGCCUUUUCGUUUGCGGUAUUUUCUACUGUCGAGACUGUCCAUAUACCAAUGAGUCCCAAGAUUUCGGACGAUCCAGAUUUCAAACGAACGCAGCCUAUUCCGACUAUCAUCACACAAUUGCUCGUUGGGUGCAGACGGAAGGCCGUUCUUUAUACCUGGAAGGAUGGAGAGGCACAGGAUGUCAAGGAAGCCCCUUUGCCCCACUCUGCCCGCACUAUCAUCUUUCUCGAUAAAGACACAGCAUGCUUCGCGUAUUCACCCACAGAAUUUGCCAUGUUCUCGAUACCCAAUAUGACAGCCGUUGAUAUCACCACACCGUUACCAAUAGCAUCUUCCGGUACUGCGAUGAAUGCCCUUACCGGCCUUACAGGGUACAUGACUCUUGGACUUGGUGCGAAAGCUAAACCAGCACUCGCUUCUACCCGACCUUCGGAAGUGGUCAUUGCGAAGGAUGGCCAGGGUAUCUUCAUUGGAACGGACGCCAAAUCUUGCAGAAAUACAACGAUAGAGUGGCCUGUUCCUCCAGAGGAAAUAUCGUUCGUGAAGCCAUACCUAUUCUCUGUGUUUCCAGCAGGUACAUUACCGACGCAAUCCCCGAAAUCCGAGGUGCCUUCCACAGCAACGCUACCUCCCGCAGCGUUCAACACCACAUCCGUGGUUCAAAUCCGAUCUUCACUUUCGCUACAAGUCUCUCAGACUCUACCUUUUCCAUUCAAUGUCUCAGAUGCUACUGCGGCCCAGAAUGCUACUAUCAGGAUGCUUACACCGUCAGCUUCUGGGUUUUUGUAUGCUAUGACGACACCGACUGAUAAAACAGCCGCUGCGAAUGAAGGCAGUUCACUAUGGCGAUUUAAUAUGAGACCAUGGACGGAGCAGAUAGAUGAAUUGGUGCUUGAUGGCAAGUACUCAGAUGCUCUUGCGCUGUUAGAUACCCUAGACGAAUCUUCGAUCUCUGACAAGGAACAACGCCGGAUACAAAUUCGCGCUCUCGACGCCGUUUCCCAGUUCCGCGCAGCGAAAUAUGAUGCGGCCAUUGACGCAUUUAUCGAGCUCGAUUUCAACCCGGCCAAAGUUGUUGCUCUCUAUCCAGAAUCUGUUGCCGGUCGUUUGUCAGUGCCUCAAGAAGGCUGGAUACCCCUGUAUGGCGGACCUUCUGCCUCUACUCGUACUGAUACCACUGCCGACGCAGAACGCGCACCUUCAGAAGGAUCUCAUGAUGAUAAUGCUUCGGUGAAUAUAGGGCACGAAAAGACUGCUACUGAAAUAUUCGAUAGCAUUGUUCCGGCUGGAGGAUCAGUUGGUGGAAGGCUGCGGAGGACUGGGCUGGGUAUGUUUUUGCCAGGGGCUCACAAGGAUGAUGAUACAGCAUCCAUAUCGUCUAAGAAGAAAUCCACGGCAGACGACCUACCACGGGCAAUCGAAACUCUAAUGCGCUACCUGAGCGACCGGCGGCCUAAACUCAGAGCAGCUUUGGAAGCCGUGGGUAUCACGCCCGAGAGCCAGUCGCACAUCGCCUCUCCACUUUCGGAGGCCUCAGUCGCCGAUCUCUUCGCGCUGCCUAACGCGCCCCUGUCGGCACUGACGCCUGAUCAGCUGUUGCGGUUCGCGCAGAUCGUGGACACGGCAAUGUACAAAUCGUUCUUGAUCAACCGUCCGAUUUUGCUGGGGUCGUUGUGUCGUAUUGCGAAUUGGUGUGAAGUUUCAGAGGUUGAAGAGGAUUUAAGAGCGCGGAAGAAAUAUGCCGAACUCCGAGAUCUCUACAAUGGCAAGCGGAUGCACUCAAAGGCGUUAGACCUUCUGAAAGAGCUGAGCGUGAAUGUAGACGAUAUGGAAGAUAAACUAGGCCCUUCAAUACAGUACCUUCAGAAGCUAGGACCUGAAUACAUCGAUCAAGUGUUCACAUAUGCGCGUUGGAUAUUCGAUCUUGAUAGUGAGAUGGCUUUCCAGAUCUUCACCUCAGAAGAUGUCGAUUUGCCCCGAAAGGAUGUCGCGAACUAUCUAGAAAAGAUAGAUCCAAAGUUGUGUCUCAAGUAUCUUGAAUAUAUCAUUGAGGAACGUCAGGAAGAGUCGCCAGUUUUCCAUGAUCGAUUGGCCGAGCUGUACUUGUCCACGACAAUUGCGGCCAAGAAGCGCGGCGAUGAAAAAACCCGCAAAGAGGUGUACGACAAACUUCUCCAGUUUAUUAACAGCAAUGACACCUUUUCCAUUGAUCGCUUGUACGGAUAUGUUUCGUCAACGGACCUUCAUGAAGCAAGAGCCAUUCUUCUGGGCAGAUUAGGGCGGCAUGACCAAGCACUUGAAACAUAUGUGUACAGAUUACAAGAUUACCUGAAAGCAGAAGAAUACUGCAAACGGGUGUAUCAACCCGGGUCAUCAACCGCAGGCGUCUUCUUGACCUUGCUGCGGAUAUACCUCCGUCCAACAGUGCAGACCACGAGCGACUUGCUGCAACCCGCCCUGGAGCUCAUCAGCCGGCACAGCCCUCGCCUGGACGCCGUCGAGACGCUGCAGCUUCUCCCUCCGCUGGUGACUAUGGAUGAGAUCAGAGAGUUCUUGAUCGAGUCGCUUCGGGCGCCUGUGUUCGACACGCAGGUCAUCCGCCAGAUCAGCAAGGCGAGGGACGAUCAACUUGCGAGGAAGUUGAUUGGGCUCAAGGCUAGGAGGGUCAAGGUCACCGAUAGUCGGAUAUGCCCGCAAUGCCACAAACGACUUGGCAACAGUGUGAUUGCUGUGCAUGCUCCUCGUGGUGAAGUGACACAUUAUCAAUGUCGCGAGCAGUUUUCGCGACGGCUGCAGGAAUCUCGGGUGUAA